ACUUGGACUCCACUUUCCCCCAGCAGACCCCGCCUCCGGGCCGCCGACCGCGGCGACCAUGGUCUCCAAGUCCGACCAACUGCUCAUCGUCGUGUCCAUCCUAGAAGGUCGCCAUUUCCCCAAACGUCCAAAGCAUAUGCUUGUAGUAGAAGCAAAGUUUGAUGGAGAACAGUUGGCUACAGAUCCUGUGAACCACACUGAUCAGCCAGAAUUUGCAACUGAGUUAGCCUGGGAAAUUGACAGGAAAGCACUUCAUCAGCACAGGCUACAGCGUACUCCUAUCAAACUUCAGUGUUUUGCCUUGGAUCCUUCAUCUUCAGCCAAGGAAACCAUAGGUUACAUUGUUCUGGACUUAAGAACUGCUCAAGAAACAAAACAGGCACCAAAAUGGUACCAGUUGCUGAGUAAUAAAUACACCAAGUUCAAGUCUGAGAUACAGAUAAGCAUUGCUUUGGAAACAGAUACAAAGGCACCAGUGGAUAGUUUUAAAGCAAAAGGAGCCCCCCCUCGAGAAGGAAAAGUAGCUGCCAACCUGUCUGGACUCGACCCCAAGGACAUUGUGGCAGUGCUGAAUGAAGAGGGAGGCUACCAUCAGAUUGGACCAGCAGAGUGUUGUACCGAUUCCUUCAUUAUGUCAGUGACCAUCGCAUUUGCCACCCAGCUGGAGCAGUUAAUUCCAUGUACCAUGAAACUUCCAGAAAGACAGCCUGAGUUUUUCUUUUACUACUCUUUACUGGGAAAUGAUGUUACAAAUGAACCAUUCAAUGAUUUGAUCAACCCAAACUUUGAGCCAGAGAGAGCAUCUGUUCGCAUACGUAGCAGUGUAGAAAUUCUUCGUGUUUACCUGGCUCUUCAGUCUAAACUACAGAUCCAUCUCUGCUGUGGAGACCAGUCACUUGGGAGUACAGAAAUACCUUUAACUGGAUUACUGAAAAAGGGCAGUACCGAAAUCAACCACCGCCCAGUCACAGUCGAGGGUGCUUUUACCCUUGACCCUCCAAACCGAGCCAAACAGAAGCUUGCACCUACUCCUGUUGAGCUAGCUCCGACUGUGGGAGUAUCUGUGGCUCUGCAGAGAGAAGGCAUAGACUCCCAGUCUUUAAUUGAAUUAAAGACCCAGAAUGAACAUGAGCCAGAGCAUUCAAAGAAGAGAGUUUUAACCCCCAUAAAGGAGAAGACACUUACUGGGCCAAAAUCACCAAGCAUGUCCCCCGUUCCACCUCACAACCAGUCACCUCCAAUAAAAGAUGAUGCUACAGGAAGUGAAGUGGAAAGCUUACAAUAUGACAAGGACACCAAACAGAAUUUAAAGGCCAAUUCUUCUGUACCUGCUUCACUGGCUCAGCCAGCGAUUACAUCCAAUGCUUCAGAAACAGCUUCUGGACAGAAGAUUGCUGUUCCAGCAACAUCACAUCAUUUUUGCUUUUCAAUAGACUUGAGGAGUAUCCAUGCCUUGGAAAUUGGUUUCCCAAUCAACUGUAUAUUAAGUAGGAUUCCAUUGCUGGUUGAAUUAUGGCAUAAGGAUAAAAUGAGUAAAGAUUUACUUCUGGGAAUUGCAAGAAUCCAGCUUUCUAACAUCUUGUCUUCAGAAAAAACUCGCUUUUUAGGUUCUAAUGCUGAACAGUGCUGGCGUCAGACUUACAGUGAAAGUGUCCCUGUUAUAGCAGCACAAGGGUCAAAUAACAGGAUAGUAGACCUUUCUUACACAAUGACUCUAGAAGAUUAUGGACUGGUAAAAAUGCGUGAGAUCUUUGUCUCUGAUUCAUCUCAGGGUGUAUCUGCUGUACAACAGAAGCCAUCUUCUCUUCCUCCAGCACCUUGUCCUUCAGAGAUCCAGACAGAGCCUCGGGAAACUUUAGAAUACAAAGCAGCACUUGAACUAGAAAUGUGGAAGGAGAUGCAAGAAGACAUUUUUGAAAAUCAGCUAAAGCAGAAAGAACUGGCUCAUAUGCAGGCUCUUGCAGAGGAAUGGAAGAAAAGGGACCGAGAGAGAGAAUCACUAGUAAAGAAAAAGGUGGCCGAAUAUACUAUUCUAGAAGGAAAACUUCAAAAAACCCUAAUUGACUUAGAGAAGCGAGAGCAGCAGCUUGCUAGUGCAGAGUCAGAGCUUCAAAGAGAAAAAAAGGAAUUGCAAUCAGAACGUGAACGGAACAUGCAAGAACUUCAGGAUUGUAUCCGUAGAGCCAAAGAAGACUGUGUUCACCAAGUAGAACUAGAAAAGUUAAAGAUUAAGCAGCUAGAAGAGGAUAAACACCGACUUCAGCAGCAGCUUACUGAUGCUGAAAAUAAGUAUAAGAUUUUGGAAAAAGAAUUCCAACAGUUCAAGGAUCAGCAAAGCAACAAACCAGAAAUCCGUUUGCAGUCUGAAAUAAAUCUUCUCACCUUGGAAAAGGUUGAACUUGAAAGAAAGUUGGAAUCUGCAACUAAGUCUAAACUGCAUUAUAAGCAGCAAUGGGGACGGGCUUUGAAAGAACUUGCCAGACUUAAACAGAGGGAGCAAGAAAGUCAAAUGGCUCGUCUUAAAAAACAGCAAGAAGAAUUGGAACAGAUGAGACUGCGUUACCUGGCUGCUGAGGAAAAAGAUACAGUAAAAACUGAGCGACAAGAAUUGUUGGACAUAAGAAAUGAAUUGAACAGGUUAAGGCAACAAGAACAAAAACAGUACCAGGAUUCCAGAGAGAUUGCAAGUGGAAAAAUGGAUGGCCCACAUGGUAAUGCAUUGGAAGAAGGUCUGGAUGAUUAUUUGACUCGCCUAAUAGAAGAAAGGGAUACUUUGAUGAGAACGGGUGUGUAUAAUCACGAGGAUCGAAUAAUAAGCGAACUUGACCGACAGAUCAGAGAGAUUUUGGCAAAAAACAAUGCCAGUAAUUAAUAACAUUUGGAAAAAUCUUUGUAGAGACUCCGAGUCUAAAUUUUAAUUUCGUUGUAAAACCCUUAAAAGUGAAGAAAAUGGAUGCUUUA